AUGCUAGCAGUUAGGAAGGUAAGGAGGAAACUCAGGAUGGGGACCAUCUGCUCCCCCAAUCCCAGCGGGACAAAGACUUUGGAGGUCUGCAAUGCUGACUGGAUGGCCUCGCUCCCUCCUCUCCUUCACAACGUCCCCCUUUCCAAUCUGGCAAUCCCAGGCUCCCAUGAUUCAUUCAGUUACUGGGUAGACGAAAAGUCCCCAGUGGGGCCUGACCAAACCCCAGCUAUCAAACGCCUCGCCAGGAUCUCCUUGGUAAAGAAGCUCAUGAAGAAAUGGUCUGUGACUCAGAACCUGACAUUCCGAGAACAGCUGGACGCUGGGAUCCGCUACUUCGACCUGCGUGUGUCUUCCAAGCCAGGGGAUGCCGACCAGGAAAUCUACUUCAUUCACGGGCUUUUUGGCAUCAGGGUCUGGGAUGGGCUGAUGGAGAUUGACUCGUUCCUCACACAGCACCCCCAAGAGAUUGUCUUCCUGGAUUUCAACCACUUCUAUGCCAUGGACGAGGCCCAUCACAAACGCCUGAUUCUCCGGAUCCAGGAGGCCUUUGGGAGCAAGCUGUGCUCAGCCUGCAGUGUGGAGAGUAUGACGCUGCAGACGCUGUGGGAGAAGAAGUGCCAGGUUCUCAUCUUCUAUCACUGUCCCUUCUACAAGCAGUACCCCUUCCUAUGGCCUGGAAAGAAGAUCCCAGCGCCCUGGGCAAAUACCACAAGUGUGCACAAGCUCAUACUCUUCCUGGAGACCACGCUGAGUGAGCGCUCUCCCCACGGAUCCUUCCACGUGUCGCAAGCGAUCCUCACGCCCAGAGUGAAGACCAUCGCCCGGGGCCUGGUUGGCGGCCUCAAGAACACGCUGGUCCAUAGGAAUCUUCCUGCCAUCCUGGAUUGGGUGAAGACUCAGAAGCCUGGAGCCCUGGGUGUCAACAUCAUCACGUCUGACUUCGUGGACCUGGUGGACUUUGCCACGGCUGUCAUUGAAUUGAAUGACCUCCUACAGGAGGAUAGAGCUUUGGCUAAAUGCUGA